UCUGAUAUGAUCGUCAUUACUAUACCAGGCUCCCAUCGUAGAGGAAGACCAUGUGGUAGGUAUUGGAGACGAGGCAGAAUUAGUUAUCAAUCUUCUUACUGGAGAAUCUGAAAAACUAGAAGUUGUAUCGAUAGUUGGUAUGCCAGGUCUUGGUAAGACAACAUUAGCUAAAAUGGUAUUUUGUGAUCCUAAAAUAGAAUUUGAAUUUUACAAUCGUAUAUGGGUUUAUGUUUCUCAAGAUUGUAAUAGAAAGGAAGUUUUCCUUACUAUUCUGGAUCAAAUCACCAAGGUCACUGAUGAGAUACGUAACAUGACAGAAGAUAAUUUAGCUCAAAAACUUCUUAGAUCUUUGGAGAAAGAGAAGUAUUUAAUUGUCAUGGAUGAUGUUUGGACUCAAAAUGAUUGGAAUCAUCUCCAAGUUGCUUUUCCUAAGAACAAGAAGAAAAGCAGAAUAUUAUUGACUAGUCGUGACAAGAAUGUGGGUAAGAAUGCCGACUGUAAAGUACAACGCCAUGAUUUGCGAUUUCUCACUCCUGAUGAGAGUUGGACUUUACUUCAAAGAAAAGCACUUGGCUUGGAGGAAUGCCCAAGGGAUUUGGUCAAACAUGGAAAGAAAAUAGCUGCUGAAUGUGAUGGACUGCCACUGGCGAUAGUGGUGAUUGGAGGAAUUCUACUAGAAAAAGGUACGGAAGGUUCUCAUUGGGAAGAUGUUUCCAAAAAUGUGAAGGAAUAUAUCGUUGAAAUGGAUCCAGGGAAGACCAUGGACAAUUUUAUAGCAUGGAGUUUUAAUCACCUACCUUAUCACUUGAGAGCGUGUUUUAUAUAUUUUGGUAUGCUUCCAGAAGACUAUCGUAUCUCGGUUAGGAAACUAAUUCGCUUGUGGGUUGCCGAAGGAUUCAUACAACGAAAAGGGGAUUUAACCUUGGAGAAUAUUGCAGAGGACUAUCUAGAAGAUCUUGUGAACAGGAAUUUAGUCAUGGUAGAAAAAUGGAGGUCAAAUGGCAAGAUUA